GUCACCCAGUCUUCGGACUGAGGUCAUCGCCCUGAUACCAACCACAGUCGAGGGCAGACGCCGGCUCCGGCUGAAGCUCAGGUUUCCCUCCGGCACUGCCCGCCGUCUCUGGGUGCCAGUAGAUUGAAUCCAAUACCGUUAGACGGCUGCAACAUGAGCGACUCAGACUUCCUGGAACGACUUGACGAGGAGCUGGGUCUUGUCGAUCCAUUAAAAGACCAGGAACCGGAAUCUCCUCCCCGUCCUGUGCCGUUGCCUUUGGGGGCACUCAAAGCAUUUGGUCGCCCCAAACCAAACACCUCUUCCGCUGUCACUGACCGUUCCACAUCACCACCCAGGAAGCAGGAACUACAACAGGCGGCCGUUCCGACUCAGAGGCAGAGUGCAAUGGAGAUAGACAUUCCAGCUGAAAAGAGAAACACCUGUAAGCAAGAUAAACGUUAUUUCAUAAACAAGGGGAAGAUUUCCAAACAAGCGAAUAGCCAUCAACCGGAUAAUCGUCAACAUGACAUCCAUCGACAUAAUAUCCGUCCAGCUCAGAUAACAACCAAGAUUCCAGCCAGAGUACGUACAGUUGGCACAAUGGGGCCCAAUGUCUACUUGGAGCUUCGACCUAAUAUGUGUUGGAGAUGUGGCCAAGGGGAGCACAGUCGAACACACUGCACCGGUACCCCGAUUCUCUUCUGCAGCAGUUGCGGCCUGCUAGGUACAUUAACCAGAAAUUGUUCUUGUCAGUCUCAUCACCGUCAAAGAGAGGCUGCCGUCCAAUGUGAUAUCCCCAGCGCAUCCACCCAAUCUGAACCACCCCGGAAGAAAUCGAACAAGUUCCGCAUGCCAACCAGUAGGGAAUUAGCCCUCCGUGCCUGUCCAAGAUGUCGAGAACUCCGUGAGGCCAAGGACAAUAGCAAGGAGAAAUCACGUACAACUGAAGCCCGUCACUAACCUAGUUAUAACCGAUUACACCGUAACAAUUCCGUUCAAAUUCCGUACAGGCACCACCGUUGACCGAAAUAUUGUAUCUACAGAUUUUCAUCCGUUCAACAUGCAA